AUGAACCAGUACAAUCAAUUGAAUCAGUUGACGAAUAUUCAAAAUGGUCAAAAUAAUCAGCCUCUAAACCAGUCUGCUGUUCCUAAUAAUCCAAACAAUAACAAUAACAUCAACAAUGCUGCAAAUAAUCUCAACAAUAGCACUUUAAGUAACACUACAUCAAGCAACAAUAGCAACAGUAACUCAAACAAUAAUCAAACCAAUCAAAAUAACCAAAAUAAUCAAAAUCUUAAUCCAAACAUUAACCCUAGCUUAGCAAACAUGUCUGCUAAUUCUUCAAAUCCCAAUGAUCCAUCCAACACAUCAUCUUCAGCUAUCUAUGAAAGCUAUGAUACUGUCAAAAAAAUUGAAAAUAAAUAG